CGAGAGAGGAACGAGGCUUUCUAGUGUGAAGUGGCUGAGCCUUUUUUCCCCCACUGUGGUGCAUUCAAGGCAGCAGCAGCUUCAGUACCAGCCUGCACUCCGCCGGAUACACUUCACCAGGGAGCCGAUACAUGCUCCACAGCCUGACGUCUUCUAAACAGACGAAAAGGAAGGGGAGUCGUUUUUUUUUUUGUUUUGUUUUGUUUUGUUUUGCUAGAGUGGAAUUUUGUACCUCGCCUGGUUCGUAAGAGGAUUUAACUGCCAAAUGUUUGCGCCGCGACGACGGGAGAGUAGCGGGCUGCUCCUGCUACUGGCGACCCUGGCAGGACUGCAGAUUGCAGCAGAAUGCAAGGCCGUCCCACCAUGCAGGCCAGGCUUCUCUGAAGACGUAUAUGAGGUCGUGCUGCCAGAUAGCGCUGAGAAAGGACAGCCCCUUUUUACUGUGAGGUUUGUCGACUGCGGCAGAAGUGGUGUGGUGCGGCUGGAAUGCAACAACCCAGCUGACUACAGGAUAGAGGCCGACGGAGAGAUCUAUGCUGCCAGGAGUCUCUCCGGACCCCAAACGUCCCCGUUGUUGAUCAAGGCCAUUGACGACACCACUCAACAGCAAUGGAUUACCCUUGUUCGACUGAUGCCCCACGGCCAGCAGGUCAAGGAAGCCGCUCCCGCUCCUGUCAUGUCCAAGGAUUUGAGGGAAAUAGCAUUUCCAUCGCGAAACAAGCAAAGCCAGCUGAAACGCAUGAAGAGAGACUGGGUCAUUCCUCCAAUCAAUGUCCCUGAGAACUCGCGAGGUCCAUUCCCACAAGAGCUUGUCCGGAUCCGAUCAGACCACGACAAGAACCGAUCCUUGAGAUACAGCGUGACAGGCCCUGGUGCUGAUCAACCUCCGACUGGCAUUUUCCUCAUCGCCCCCAUAUCAGGAGAGCUAUCCGUUAACAAGCCUCUGGAUCGAGAACAUAUUCCCAACUUCCAUCUGAGAGCUCAUGCUGUGGACCUGAAUGGCAACCAAGUAGAAAACCCCAUUGAUAUUGUGAUCAAUGUGAUCGACAUGAACGACAAUAGGCCAGAAUUCAACCACCAGAUCUGGAAUGGCACUGUCCCUGAGGGUUCAAAGCCAGGCACAUUUGUGAUGACAGUGACAGCCGUUGACAAAGACGACCCCAAAACUGCUAAUGGGAUGUUGCGCUACAAGAUCCUCUCUCAGACCCCCGACAGCCCCACCUCCAACAUGUACACUAUCAACAAUAAAACGGGAGGCAUCAUUACUGUGGCGGCAGGCUUGGACAGAGAGAAAGUGCCUCAGUACACACUCAUCAUCCAGGCCACUGACACCGAGGGCAACCCGACGUACGGCCUCUCCAACACAGCCACGGCAGUCAUCAGAGUCACCGACGUCAACGACAAUCCCCCAGAGUUCACGGCUGAGGCGUUUGGCGGCGAGGUGCACGAAAACCGCGUCAAUGUCAUCGUGGCCAACCUGUCAGUGACUGACAAGGACCAACCCAACACGCAGGCAUGGAAUGCCGUCUACAAAAUCACCGGGGGCGACCCUACUGGCAGGUUCUCCGUGCCCACUGAUCCCACCACUAACGAGGGCUUGGUGACAGUUGUCAAGCCUAUUGACUAUGAAAUGAGUAGGACGUAUGUGCUGACCGUGGAGGCGAGGAACGAGGUUCCCCUGGCCAGAGGUAUCCACUCUCCUCGUCAGUCCACCGCCACAGUCUCCAUCCAAGUGAUAGAUGUCAACGAGAGCCCUUACUUUGAGCCCAACCCCAAACUCAUUAAGCUGGAAGAGGGAUUGGCGGCCGAGAGUAUGCUGACUACCUUUACGGCGCAGGAUCCCGACCGCUUCAUGAAGCAAAGCAUGCGGUACACCAAACUGUCCGAUCCAGCCAACUGGCUAAGGAUCGACCCGAACAGCGGUCGAAUCUCAACAAUGGCCGUACUGGACCGAGAAUCGCCUUUUGUGAGGAACAGCCUGUACAAUGCAACAUUCCUGGCUACUGACAACGGCAACCCCUCAGCAAGCGGCACCGGCACUCUGCAGAUCUACCUGCUGGACAUCAAUGACAACGCCCCCAGGGUAUUCCCGCAAGAGGCAGAAAUAUGUGAAAAACCCGAGCCCAACGCCAUUAACAUCACCGCGAUGGAUGGCGACCUGAUGCCCAACGCCGGGCCUUUUGCCUUCGAGUUGGCUUCCAAGCCUGCCGACGUUAAGAGGAACUGGACCCUCACAAGAAUCAGCGGCGACUACGCUCAACUGCGCUUGAAAAUUGGCUUCCUCGAGAGCGGAAUUUACGAGCUGCCCAUCAUCAUCACGGACUCCGGGAACCUGCCCCUGUCCAACACCUCCCACCUGAGGAUCAAAGUGUGCCAGUGUGACAUCAACGGAGAAUGCUCCGACCAGCAGCACAUCAUGGCCGCCGGGCUGGGCACGGGCGCCAUCAUCUCCAUCCUUCUGUGCAUCAUCAUCCUCCUCAUUCUCGUGCUGCUCUUUGUGGUUUGGAUGAAGCGGCGCGAUAAAGAACGCCAAGCUAAGCAGCUCCUCAUCGAUCCGGAGGAUGACGUGCGAGACAACAUUCUCAAGUAUGAUGAGGAAGGCGGUGGAGAAGAGGAUCAGGAUUACGACUUGAGUCAGCUCCAGCAACCUGACACGAUAGAACCCGAGGCCAUCAAACCGGUGGGGAUCAGACGCCUUGAUGAGCGACCCCUCCACCCUGAGCCACAGUACCCCAUGAGGUCUGGCGCGCCCCACCCCGGAGACAUUGGAGACUUCAUCAAUGAGGGCCUGAAGGCGGCGGACAACGACCCCACAGCUCCCCCCUACGACUCCCUGCUGGUGUUCGACUACGAAGGCAGCGGCUCCACGGCCGGCUCGCUCAGCUCGCUCAACUCGUCCAGCAGCGGCGGGGACCAGGACUACGACUACCUCAGCGACUGGGGGCCUCGCUUCAGAAAACUGGCGGACAUGUACGGCGGCAGCGACGACUAGGACGGCCACGCCACCGGAGGACAAAAAAAAAAGAAGAUUCCCCGCGGAAGGACUCGGAAACUGUGAGAGAGAAGAAACUAAAUGAUUCAGAGAUUUUUUUUUCCCAAAAAAACAACCAACUUAGGCUUAUUGUUGUAGUCUCCGCAUACAUAAUGCUUGUUGAAAGCUGCACUGACGCCGGAGUCGGGGGCGGGGCAGCGCUGUUGGACGGUGUCAUCAUCAAGACCACGGAAGGCGCUCAGUUACACUUGAAUUUCACAGUACAGAAGCACUGGGAUAUAACGUGCCUUUUUGUACAUUUCUUUUGGAAUCCAGAUGAUUAGUUUUACGUUACAAGGCUUUAACGGUACUGAGACGGUACCGACUUUUUUGGAGUGAUUUCAGAAAAUGUCACAUUUUGUUCUUUCUCCCACAAAGCUACAGUUUGUGAAGGCUUAUUUAAAUACGGUCACAUGGAAAUGAAGGCGAUGUAUAGUACACUAGACUUUUCCACAGAGACAUGCAGCUGGUUGCAACUAAAGGGAGAAUCACUCGACACGUUUUUGUAGCACAUUAUUUUUCUUAUUUCCCGAAGUGAUGUAGUAUUUUACAAAAACAACAAAAAACCGCUCAUCAAUGUACACUCUCAUUGCCUUAGUCAUCACCACUUUUACUUCACUGUAAAAAGACGUGUGUACAUAAUGUUUUUGUUUUCUUCCUUUAUCCUUUUUUCUUUUGGUGUAGUAUACGAGGAAGUGCAAAAAAAAAAAAAAAAGUUCCAAACUUGUACAUGUAUCAUUUUGGAUGAGAAAUUACCAAUUUUUUUGCAUGUUUUUAUCUUUUCAUGACGGAAAAAAAAAAAAAAAAUGUUGUUUCCCCAAAUUUAUUUACAAGAUGGAGAAAAUAAAAGAAUCUGGGUGACAGUACUUGUGUAGACGUUAAGAGAGUUUUUGUACGAAAAAAAAAAAAAAGAUAUACACACAAAAAAACUAUUUGUCGUUGGGAGUAAACGUCAGCACAAGUGUUGGAUUUGUACCAAAAAGUGGGGUUGGGAGGGACACGCAAGACACUAAACGUUAAAGCUGAGCUUUAAUAGUCAGAACAUUUUGUGCAAAAAUUUCUCUCCUACUCAAAACAAUCCAAAUAAAAUUCCAGUUUGGAGCUAAA